CACCACCGUUGCCUCGAGAACGAACACGUUCAUUUUAUAAAAAUCGUGACCCUUGAAGAAUGUGAUUAAACUCAAAUUCUGUCGUGGAACACAUCGACGUGAAGAUCCUUCGGACAGAAUUCUUGCUGCUUGCCUUAUAAAUUGCGUAAAGUUUCAAGCCACCUAACGCCUGACCUGUCCCUGACUACUGGGUCUCCAACUCGAAUUUCAUGCAUCCUUGACGGCCGGCAUUACGACCGUCGGCACUUAAUUGCCGUCCCGGUGAUAACUAAGUACAGAACUCCUCUUCUACAUGGCGCCUACUCUAGAGGACCUCGCUUUCGUCGAACAGCGGCUGAACUUGACCAUAAAACCCGAACAGCGUGAUGACUAUCUUGCAAUUAUCACCACUACUGAUAAUGCUGCAAGAGCUGUAAUGGACAUGCCUGAUUUCACCCCUCCUGUUGACUAUGGACGCUUCCCGCGUACGGGUAUCUACACUCCCGCGAAUGAGGACAACCCUCGAAGGGGUUGGGCAUGCAAGGCCACGGUGAAAGGUGCUCCAGAGGGUCUUCUCAAAGGGAAGACUAUCUGCCUCAAGGAUAAUAUCUGCCUGGCGGGUGUUCCAUGCCGGUUUGGCACGGACGUCGUAAAGGACUUCAUACCGGAGGUGGAUGCUACUGUCGUGUCUAGGAUACUAGAGAACGCAGGUACUAUCCUCGGCAAGGCAACGUGUGAAAACAUGUCUCACGGUGCAGCAUCUUUCACCUCACCAAAUGGACCCGUACAGAAUCCGUAUGCCGACGGGUUCUCCACGGGAGGUUCCUCUUCUGGCUGUGGAACCCUCAUUGGUAAGGGAGAAGUGGACAUGGGUAUAGGAGGCGAUCAAGGUGGUAGUAUUCGUAUCCCCGCUGCAUUUUGUGGGGUCGUCGGUCUCAAAGCGACUUUUGGUCUUGUACCAUACACUGGCGUCUUAUCGUCGGAACGGUCCCUUGACCAUGUUGGUCCUAUGGCGGCUACCAUCAAGGAUGCUGCUCUCCUCCUUCAAGCUGUGGCCGGCUACGAUGGCCUGGAUGAUCGUCAGCUAGGCGCACCGUUGUAUAAUAACCUGCCUUUGUAUAUCCCAACUUCCAGCGACCUAUCCGGUAUGAGGAUCGGCGUUCUGAAGGAAGGCUUCACAAGUCUAUAUAUAUCUCCCGAGAUAGAGCAAGUCGUCCGGUCUGCGAUCGAAAAGUUCAAGGAUCUAGGUGCCGAAAUCAAGGAGGUUUCUGUCCCUGCACACUCGCAAGGUGGGAGCGUAAUGCACGUCAUCAAUAAAAUGGGGAGCCACCAGACUAGACAAGGUCGAGCGGUCGGCGCUGGAGGUUUGUAUGUGAACGACUUUUUAGAAAAGUUAAUUCCUUGGAAGCAGAGCAAAUGGGAUAAGGUCCAUUCUUUCGUCCAAGGAACGUCAGUGAGCGGCGAAUACGCGUUUCAGCACUACCCAACGGUUUAUGGACGUGCUAUGAACAUCAUGCGCCGUGUCAAGGCUGACUAUGACGCAGCAUUGACCGAGGUAGAUGUCCUUGUAAUGCCCACAGUACCUUUUGUUGCUCGCCGACACAUUGAGCCUGGCGCAGGACCACUUGCAUGUGUUCAGAAAUGCGGUAAAAUAUUGUUUCUCCUUCAUGCCUCCUACUUUUUCACGUAUCCGAAUCUAGCUGGCAUCGUGGAUAACACGACCACGUUCAAUGCGACGGGACAUCCCGCUUUAGCCUUCCCUGUUGGAUUUGGCUUGCCUGCAAAGGAGGACAUAUUGACUCCCGAGGACGAGGCCAUCAGGUUACCCAUUUCAAUGCAGAUUGUAGGUAGAAUGUGGGAAGAUGCAACAUGUCUCAAGGUUGCUGCCGCAUGGGAAGACACUUGGGAUUGGAAGACUGGAAUGAGGAAGAACUGA